UAGUUUUGUUUCUGCAGUUCUUAUUUGUACUGCAUGUAAAGCGGGCGUAUUAAGUGGCUCAUAAAUAAAUAAUAAAAUUAUAAAAAUGUCGCAUACCUUAGUGGAAAUACCGCAAGCACAAUGGACCGAGCUGCGGGAUCUAUAUGAGGGACAAAGGAAACAAGCUUGUGCUUAUAAUACGCUGCAGUGUUUGAUUGAAUGGCAGAAGCAGGAUGCCGAGCUCGACCUUUCUAUAUAUUCCCUAGAUGGAGAUUGGCGUACCGAUGGCACUUAUUUGGCGAUAAAAAAGAAUCCGCUUAAGCAUUUAUUUUUAAAUACGCUUAGUGAAAAUCAAGACCGUCUUAUUACUGCGCUUGCAACUCUAAAGCGUGAGAAAAAUGAGCACAUUCUUGUAUUUGGCUUUCCCGAACGUCUGAUGUCUACUGUUGAACAGUUUUAUUUCGAUAAUGGUUUUCCGAAGGAGAGUUUCGAAACAGAUGGCACUGCUUGGUAUCACAUUGAUAGGGAGAAGGCGUUGCAGUUCACUGCAGAGCCGCCUGCUGGCUACACACUGCGUCGUCUGGAACCGAAAUACGCCGAGCAAGUGAACAGCGUUUGGCCACAUCGCGCACCUGGCUCAGUAUUAUUCGUGGAACGCAUGAUCUCAUACAACGAUAAUGUUGGCGUAUUCGAUGAGGCGAAUAAUCUAGUCGCCUGGUGUUUGAGACUGCCGAUCGGCUCGUUGGGCUUACUGCAAGUGAUGGACACUCAUAAACGUAUGGGUCUUGGCAAUUUGGUGGUACGAUAUAUGGCCAAACUGAUAGCUGGCAAAGGCCUGGAGGUCACAGCUCCGGUGGUGUUCGCCAAUGUGCCGUCGCGUACUAUGUUCGAGAAGCUGGGCUUUAAGGUCAUUGAUAACGUAUAUUGGGUCUUAUUACCGGCUAGCGAGUAAAGUAUGGCAGAUUUUAUUUUAUUUGGCGUUUUGAGAAAUUCCAUGAUUUUAUGACAUUAGACUCGGAAACAAAAUUUGUUUGUAAAAAUGUUUGCAAUGAUUUUUCCAAACUCAGCAAAUAUGCUUAUCUUAAAGAUAAAAAGCACUUAAUCUUAAGUGCUGCUUGUAAAUGUAAUUCACUAUAAAUGCAAAGGAAAAGUAAUCAUUUGUACAAUGUGUAAGAUAAGCUUAUCAGGUGCUAUAUAAAUCGUUUACAUCACAAAUACUGUUAGAAAUAAAGAUAAAUAAAAAUUUCGAAAGCGUAGGCAACAAAUGAAUUGCAUAUGUUUACGACAGACCUGCAAUCGAAAACAGAAAAGAGUAUAAUAUAUUUUAAGAGAGGGCUUUAUCAAGACACAUUGCUACAAAGUAUUGAAUUAUAUCAUACUAGAGAAUUUUACAUCAUUUUAGAGAAUAUAACAUCAUACGAAUGCAGAUUUUAUAAGCCAACGGUGCUUCCACUGAGUAAAUAAACGCAGCUUAAUUGUCA